CUCCAACCUCCAAAUCAUCUCAGGAUUCCCUCACCAGAUACCAACACACUAACAAUCACUACCACUUACACCACCACCAACCACCUACCGACAAGAAACAAAACCACAACAAACACCACAAGGCAACAUGCAGUCCAUCCUCCAAAAAGCCACCGGCAUUGGCCCCAAGCCUGUCCAGCCCACCGACCUCAACGGCCGCGUAGCCGUCGUGACUGGCGGCGCCUUCGGCAUCGGCUUUGAAGUUUCUCGCGCCCUCGCCAAUGCCGGCUGCCGUGUUAUCAUGGUGAACCGCAAGGAAGAGCAAGGCGAUGAUGCCAAAGCAACCAUCACCGCCGAGACCCCCGGCGCAGUCGUUGAAUGGCGCGAAUGCGACAUGGGCAACCUCUCACAGGUUCGCUCCGUCUUCUCGGAACUGCGCGAGCAGCUCGACCGGCUCGAUUUCCUGGUUCUGUCGGCGGGCAUCAACACGAACCAGUACGGACUGGACGCGGACGGGAUCGAUCGGCACUUUGGUGUGAACUACUUGGGGCAAUAUUAUGUGGUCAAUCAGCUGUACCCGGUGCUGAAGAAGACGAGCAAGUUGCCGAAUACUCCCGCGCCGAGGGUGGUGUUUGAGGCGAGCGAGAUGCAUCGGGCGGCGCCGAGCGCGGUGCAUUUUGCUAGUCUCGAUGAGAUCAAUAACCCGGAAUUGGGACCGACGGAGUUGUACGGGAGGACCAAGCUGGCGAUGAUUCUGUUUGCCAAGUACGGGCUGGCGGAGAAGGUGAUUAAGAAGAACGGGGACAACAUCUAUGCGGCUUCGGUGCAUCCUGGUGCAGUCAACACCGCCAUGCAACAACAAUGGAAGGACGCCUACCCCGGCAUCACCGGCAAACUUCUCACAUGGGCCACACUGGCCUCUGGCCGUGAUGUGAAGCAGGGGUCUUAUAGUGCCUUGUGGGCGCUUACUGACCCCAAGAUCGAGGAACAGAACUUGAACGGAUGGUACUUCAGUGACCCUGACCAGCCUGGCAAGGAGACUUCCCAAGCUUCCGACCCCGUUCUGGGUCAGGCUCUCUGGGAUCUGAGCGAGCGCAUUAUAAAGGAUAAGCUUGGCGAGGAUGCUUUGGUCGACUGGUACUCUGCUUAGAGUACACGUCAAAGGGGAGGAUGAAGAGUGAUCACUUUCUUGUAACGACGACAUGACUUAGAGAUUACCUGCCUUAACUCGAUAGCAAGCAAACAAGCAUUUGAGUUUACAAC